AUGGUUAUUGUUAAUAAAAUAACAAAAGAAGAAUUUUCAUGUGGUUGUCUUGAAAUGGUUCCUCUAAAAGAUUUGAGAAAGUGUCAACAUCAAUCUACUCAAGAUAUUACUUUUGAAAUUAUAUUGAGAGAAGACGAUGAAUCAAUUGAUCAUGUAAAUGUUGCAACAAUGCAAGCAAUGAAAGAAUAUAACAACUCUGUAUUUCUUGUUGCUUCAAAUUUUAAUGCAGUAGAAAGUGUGAGUGAAACAAUAGAACCUAACGAACUUAAUUUUACUACAAAUUAUAUUUAUGAUGGGACUCAAGGACCAAUAGCAUCUCUUGGAGCACCUGCAGCUGCAUUACAAAGAACUAUUUUUCCAUUUUAUAAUAAAACGACAAAACCAAAAGAAUGGGAACAAAGUCAAGAAAAACAAAUAGAAAUUCUAGGAGAAUUAAAUUCAAUUUAUCAUGUUAUUAAUGGAUAUCCAAUUCUUGAAAAAGAUGUAAAAGAACCAAGUGAAAAAGAUGAAGAAAAAUAUCUUUCAGUCUUUCAUUCAAAUGUAGAAGUUACUUAUAUUUAUGGAAGAAAUGAAAUGAUACUUAUUCCAAAACAAAUGAGAAAUCGAAUUGAUCAAGUAUUUGCAGCUGCAAUUAAUAUUGGACAAGGAUGUAGUGGAUAUAGGAAUUAUGAAUUAGUUAAUAGAAAACCCAAAGUAUUAUCAUAUGCUCUUGAUUGUGGAUAUGAGACAUGUUACUUAGAGGAGGAGUUUUUGGUAAUUCAUAUACAGAUAUUUGUAAAUCAAUUAUAA